CAGGUAUCCUGGAAAGUGUAUCUAUAGGCGAAGCUAUUAUUUCUCUUACCAAGCAGACAAAGGUAUGGUUGCUUAAAAAUUGGGAUAUUAGUUGUGCAAUCAUAGGGAAGUUCACUCAGGGAAAUAAGGUCGAAGAAAAGUGCCUGACCCAUCGAGUUGUAAUAGACGAAGGUGAGCUCGAUUUCUUAAUCCAGGAUUGUAUUAAAGAGGGAAUAUAUGCCGGUAGCGAUAAAUGUCCGCUUGGACAUAUACUUACGUAUUAUGAGGGUCAUCAACCUCAAUAUACACAUAUGCGUGCCUCAAUGCUAGCAUAUGCCCAUAUAAACUUGCUAGAAAUACUCCGAAGAUUUGGCCCUAAUGAAGUGGAAGGAGCAGAUACCAGUAAGUUUCAAUGUCUGCAUAAAAUUCCUUCUUGUGCAAUAUGUGGAGCAGGAGUCUUUUAUUUAAAAGAAGCAGUCAAAGAAUUUGCCAAAGAAGUGAAGGUUCACUACGUGAACAGAAUAAUGGGCUAUUUAUCAUGUAAUGAGCAUAAGCCAUUCGUAUGUGCUGUUUGUUUUGGGAAAUGGCACUUUCGCUCAGAUCCUUGGAAGAAUACCAGUAGAGAUGUUACCAAAGAGUCUGAGCCAAAAGAGGAAAAGAUUCGAGAAAUACAGCCUGUCCAAUAG